GCUUGCGAAAUUUAGAAAUGGUCGAGAUACGUGAGGAAUCGACAGAACCUCUGAAUGAUUCUGGUCCGAGCUCAGCAGGGGCUGCUGGUCCGAACUCAGCGGGGACUUCUGGUCCACAGACUUCGAAUGCUGGAACAACCCAAGGAACCAUGACACUUUCGCAGUACGUUUCUGCAAAUAUGAUGGAUUGCUGUCUGCUUGUAACCAGACUGAUGACGUUAUUCUUUACUAUAUGCUAUUUGGUACCAUUUAUGUCUCCUGUGUCCGCGGAUUCUGCUUACUAUAAGGCAUUCGCCGCUGCGGCUGCCACCAAUGCUCUUCGUAUGCAGCAAAGAGUGGGCACUGUCUCAUUCACUCGUGAAUUUCUGUCUCGUCUUCUUCUCGAGGAUAGCUGUCACUAUCUCUUCUAUUCUAUUUUAUUCCUGACGUCGGCACCGGUCACCAUGGCCCUUCUGUCAGUGUCACUCUUUGCAGCUCUUCACGCUGCAGCACAAAUGGUCAAGUUGUUGAAUGCCAUAGGUCAAGGAGGAUCUACGCUUGCUUAUCGUCUUUCCGCUCUUUGUCAGCAGCAUACUGCAAAUUGUCUUGGAGUCAUCGCUUGUGGAGAGAUCUUCCUCAUUCCAGUACUUAUCUCUAUGAUCUUCGUUGGAAAAGCAUCACUCUUCGUGCCAUUCGUGUACUACCGUUUCCUUACACUGCGUUACGCGUCUCGAAGAAAUCCUAAUACGAGGCAAGCUUUUGCUCAGAUGCGCUACUCCCUUGAUCAAGUAGCUGCAUCUCCGAAUUGUCCUCAGAUUGUGCGUUCAUUGAUUAGCAGUUCUGUUAAUUUCAUUUCUCGUCUGGCUCCUCCUGUCAAUGCUAUGUAAACAUAAUAAACAGCUGUUAGUGAUCGUGUCAGAUUUAUUUUAUGUCCUGCUGUCAAUGUAAUGUUAACAUAAUAGUUUCAUCUGUCGAUCUUCUUUU